GGGCAGCUUCUAUGGUGUAGUAGAGGGAGUGGGAGAGAGGGUGAGAGGAGGGGGUACUCACAAAGAUGUUGCGUGAUUUUUUUGGAAAUUUAUUUAUUUAAAUAAAAAAAAUGGCCGCCGCAGAGAGCGGAGAGGAGAGACUAGGUGACGGAAAGGGGGAGGACCAGGAGGGUUCUAAAGAAGCAACUCAAAAACAGAAGAAAAGCAAAAAAGAGCAGGAACAGGAUGUGGAGAGAGUCGAGCCUGCCGUUGUGGAGGGGGACGACGGACAGCGAGCAGAGGCGGGCCAAUCUGAGCCCUCGGCCCCUGAGCCUGCAGCGGCCCUCGGCGCUCCGGAAGCUUCUUCCUCGGCCAAGCAGCGGCGAUCCAUCAUUCGGGACCGCGGGCCUUUGUACGAUGACCCCUCGCUGCCUCAGGGCUGGACGCGCAAGCUCAAACAGCGCAAGUCAGGACGAUCGGCUGGCAAAUUCGACGUCUACCUGAUCAACCCAGAAGGGAAAGCCUUCCGUUCCAAAGUGGAGCUCAUGGCGUACUUCCAAAAGGUGGGUGACACCACCACAGACCCAAAUGACUUUGACUUUACUGUCACGGGGCGCGGGAGCCCAUCGCGCAGGGAGAAGAGACCGCCGAAGAAGCCCAAAGUGGCCAAGCCGACUGGCCGAGGGAGGGGCCGGCCGAAGGGCAGUGGCAAAGUACGGCAGGCCACAGAGGGUGUAGCGGUGAAACGUGUGGUAGAAAAGAGUCCGGGCAAACUCCUCGUCAAGAUGCCCUUCGUGGCUCCGAAAUCGGAGGCAGGCUCACCCUCAGGGCAAGUCCCCGUCGUCAAACAGCGCCCAGGACGCAAGAGAAAAGCAGAAAAAGAGCAGGCAAGCGCGCCAAAGAAACGUGGUAGGAAGCCGGCAGCUGCUUCUCAGUCUGCGGCAGGAGGGACAGGCUCCAGUGCAGCUUACGCUGCUGCAGCUAUCGCGACAUCGGAGGCCAAGAAGAAAGCGCAAAAGGAAUUGGCAGCCAAGCCUGUGCAGGAGAAGGCGCUUCCCAUCAAGAAGCGCAAGACACGGGAGACUAUGGAGGAGGCAGAAGGAUCUACUACGACUACACCCGAGGCACCAAGCAGUGUAGCAAAACGACCUGUGAGUCAAACGGCGCCCUCUGCUGGAGUGGAGUCAGAAACAGGACAGAAGCUUCACAAGCACUCAAGCCGGAAGCAUAAGGAAGCAAUGGAUUCUGGAAAUGGCAGCAGCAGUGGACCAAAAGUCCACAAAAAGAGAGAUCAGCGUGAGCAACAACUGAAACACCUCCACCAUCACCAUCAUCACCACCAUCACCAACAUCACCUGCCGCUGAUGGAGCCGUCCAUCUUCACCCCGCAGGCUCACCAGCUUUCCCUCGGCCACUCCAUGCAUGGAGGACCCCCAGUGGAGAACGAGCCCCAGGACUUGAGCACUUCCAGGUCGAGACAGGAGCCGCUAGCCUGCAGGGAGGAGGCCCGAACCGAUAGUAACACGGUUAGAGACACUUCAGGCAAGAUGGCAGCAACGGAGUUGCGAACCCAACAACAACAACAGCAGCAGCAUGGCACUGUGACGGGGGAUGGAAAGGAACUGAGAGACAUUGUUCCUCCUUCCGCCGUUCCCAGGCCGAGUCGAGAAGAAACAGUCGAGUCCAGGACGCCUGUGAGCGAACGCGUGAGCUGAAGGACGUGACUGAUAUUCAGACUAACUGACCAAUCAGCAGCAACGGCUGUAUUCUCGCGCAGGAAUAGAGGCACUCACAGGGGGAGGAGUUGUUUUUUUGUUUGUUUGUUUGUUUGUUUGUUUUAUUUUUUCUGUUUUUUAAACAAGAAAUAAUGAAAAAAAUCCACAAAAAUGUAAAUGUACUUACAAAAGGCAGCUGUUGUGUCGAGUGUUGUGAGUUGUAUGCAGAGCGAUGAUACAAUCGCUGGCAUACCGCUUCUGAAUGAAUUCUCAGAUUUCUUUUUGUUUGCCCAGUUUCAUUUUAUCGUUAUAUUAAUAUAGAAAUCAUAGGAACCACGUGUUAUUGCUUCAUUAGAGCUUCUAGGAAAUAGCAAGACACUGAGAUAGUAAUGGAUGCACAAGUAACACUUCACUGGGAAGCUGAUUUUCAACUAAUCUUUCCCUGCCAAAACCUGACGCCUCACAAACGUGUUAUAAAUAAGGGUUGAUUUUACAUCAUAUUUCUCCUCUUUCUUCAUAUUAUAGAAGUGACUAUUAGAAGAAGGCAGUCUGGUUAACUGCAUGAAGAGUGUCAGUUCUUUAUAAAAGAAAGGCCAUGCUUCAUGAAAAAAAAAAAACAAAAAAAAACUGCAGCACUUGUACCCCGUCAAUCAUGUUUUAAACAAGAAAGGCUUAUGGGAUGGGAAGAGGGUAGUUUUUAAAUUUUCUCUUUUUUUUUUUUUUUUUUUGGGACAUCAAUUAUGUUUUGCGAUGGCUGGUUAAGUUCUGAACCUAAAUGUCUUUCUCUCGUUCUUGCAUUUUAAAUGCAGAGAUAUGGAGAGGAAUGUCUGAACGCUGAGUAAUGUGAUUAACCUCGCCAUCUGUUUCAGCAGUGCUGGAUAGCAGCCUAAUACAGUAAUAUAGUAGGAAAUGUUUUCUCUAUUAUACUUUCUUUUUAGGUGUUUGGCG